CUAUUAGUUCUGAGUCUGUAGACCCAUCUGAUGAUAUUGAGGUACAAUCUUUGAUAUGUCAGAGAGAAUGCAGCAAAACUGUGAACACUGAAGCCUUAAUGACAGUAUUUCACCCUCAGAAUUUGGAGACUCUUAAUUCCAAAAUGUUGAAAGAAAAGAUGAAGGAACAGUCCUGGAACAUCCUGUUUACAGAAUGUGGGCGUGGUGUUAGCAUGUUUCGGACCAAAAAGACUCAAGAUCUGGUUGUAAGAGGGAUUCCAGAGACCUUAAGAGGAGAGCUCUGGAUGCUUUUUUCAGGUGCUGUUAAUGACAUGGCUGCUAAUCCUGGCUAUUAUGCUGAAGUGGUUGAGCAGUCUUUAGGGACCUGCAACUUGGCUACUGAAGAAAUUGAACGUGAUUUGCGUCGCUCCCUGCCUGAGCAUCCAGCCUUUCAGAGUGACACUGGCAUAUCUGCUCUGAGGCGGGUACUCACUGCUUAUGCAUUCAGGAAUCCCAAAAUUGGAUACUGCCAGGCAAUGAACAUUUUGACUUCAGUAUUGCUUCUGUAUGCAAAAGAGGAAGAAGCUUUUUGGCUUCUGGUUGCUGUAUGUGAACGAAUGUUACCUGAUUAUUUUAAUCGUCGAAUCAUUGGUGCCUUGGUGGAUCAGGCAGUCUUUGAAGAACUUAUCAGAGAUCACCUUCCCCAGCUGACUGAACAUAUGACUGAUAUGACAUUCUUUUCCUCAGUUUCUCUCUCAUGGUUCCUCACACUUUUUAUUAGUGUGCUACCUAUUGAAAGUGCAGUGAAUGUGGUGGACUGUUUCUUCUAUGAUGGAAUAAAGGCCAUUUUACAACUGGGAUUGGCAAUACUUGACUAUAAUUUAGACACACUUGUGGCAUGUAAAGAUGAUGCUGAAGCCGUGACAGCUUUAAACAGGUUCUUUGACAAUGUCACUAAUAAGGAUAGCCCGUUGCCUUCAAGUGUGCAGCAGGGUUCAAAUGUAAGUGAUGAAAAAAGCAGUCAUAUUAGAGUGGAUAUUACAGAUUUGAUUAGAGAGUCAAAUGAGAAAUAUGGGAAUAUUCGCUAUGAAGAUAUAUACAGCAUGCGCUGUCGAAAUAGGUUGUAUGUGAUACAGACCCUAGAGGAAACAACAAAGCAGAAUGUGUUGCGUGUUGUAUCACAAGAUGUGAAAUUGAGCCUUCAUGAAUUGGAUGAACUUUAUGUCAUCUUUAAGAGAGAGUUGUUUUUUUCUUACUAUUGGUGUUUGAGUUCUCCAGUAUUGAAGCACCAUGAUCCUAGUCUGCCAUAUUUGGAACAGUAUCAGAUUGACUGCCAGCAGUUCAGAGUGUUGUAUCACUUGUUGAGUCCCUGGGCUCAUUCUGCAAACAGAGACUCACUAGCUUUAUGGACAUUCAGAUUGUUGGAUGAAAACUCCGACUGCCUUAUAAACUUCAAAGAAUUCUCCUCUGCAAUUGACAUAAUGUACAAUGGAAGUUUUACUGAGAAGCUUAAGGUGCUUUUUAAGCUGCACAUUCCUCCAGCUUAUACUGAAGUGAAGUAUAAGGACCCUUCAAAGGGAGAUGAACUUUCCAAGGAAGAAUUACUUUAUUUCAGUCAGCUCCAUGUUUCCAAGCCUGCAAAGGAGAAGGAAGCAGAGUCAGCAAACAGCAGCACUGAAAAAGGAAAAGAAAAAGUUGACAUUCAAGCAUAUCUAAGUCAAUGGCAAGAUGAGCUUUUGAAAAAAGAAGAAAACAUUAAGGAUUUACCAAGAAUGAAUCAGUCACAAUUUAUUCAGUUUUCAAAGACACUAUAUAACUUAUUUCACGGGGACCCUGAAGAAGAGUCAUUAUAUCAAGCCAUUGCUGUUGUAACCAGCCUUUUGCUCAGGAUGGAAGAAGUUGGAAGGAAACUCCAUAACCCUGCGUCAUCAACCAAAGGAUUGUCUGGUGCAGUCUGUGCUUCUGGAGGACCCAGUGAGGGGCAAACAGAGAGCCACUUAGAGAAAGAUCCCUCCUCUCUCAGGGAAGAACCUCAGUGGUCAUUUGCAUUUGAACAGAUUCUCGCCUCUUUGUUGAAUGAACCAGCAUUGGUGAAGUUUUUUGAGAAACCCAUAGAUCUAAAAGCCAAACUAGAAAAUGCAAAAACCUCUCAGUUAAGUUCUAGAACCAGGAAGUAA